AUGAUCAACAACUGCAACAUCAAGUCCACCAGCACCUGUACCAUGUCUAUCGAUGUCUUGAGUGUGGUAAAAAGACAGGAAGGAUUCCAGUUCGUCAAUGAGCUGGAGUCUGAUUCUGACAGUGACAUUGACAUGGCUAACAACGAAGAUGAACCAGAUUCCAGAGAAAUAGCCAAAGAUGGAACUAUCGUUACGCCCGGUGAACUGGUCACAGACGAUCCGGUUUGGAUGCGAGGUCAUGGUACAUAUUUUCUAGAAAAUCAGACUUAUGCUUCUGUAGCAGGAACAGUUUCCAGAGUCAAUAGAUUACUCUCGGUCAUUCCAUUGCGAGGACGUUACUCACCAGAAACCGGUGAUCACAUUAUAGGACGAAUUGCAGAAGUGGGAAACAGAAGAUGGAAAGUCGAUAUUGGUGCCAAACAGCAUGCAGUGCUGAUGCUAGGCUCCGUUAACUUGCCAGGUGGUGUCCUGAGAAGAAAAUCAGAAUCUGAUGAGCUCCAAAUGCGCAAUUUUCUGAAAGAAGGAGAUCUUUUGAAUGCCGAAAUUCAGUCGCUGUUUCAGGACGGUAGCGCGUCUUUGCAUACAAGAUCGCUCAAGUAUGGUAAGUUAAGAAAUGGUACUUUUUUGCAAGUGCCCAGCCCGCUCAUAGUUCGCUCUAAAAAACAUACCCACAAUCUUCCGGGCAACGUUACCGUUAUUUUAGGUGUAAACGGUUUUAUCUGGCUCCGGAAGACAUCAGAAGUUGACAACGCCAGCGACGUGUCAAACGUAAGCGGCAGAAAUGCAGCUGCUCUUUCGGGCACCUCUGGUGAGUAUAAACCGGGUUCUAACUCUGUCAGUAUAACGAGGCUCGAGGAAGAAUCUUCCUGGGAGAUCUACUCAGAUAAAAACGACUCUAUUCCGGAUGCUAUGAAGAGAACCAUAAGUCGAUAUUCCAAUGUCAUCAAAGCUUUGGCACACUGUGAAAUAGGCAUAACGGAAGCAAGAGUAGUGGCAGCGUACGAAGCCAGUAUGGCUUACAGCCAUGUCGGAUCACUUAUAGAAAAGGACAACAUGGAAUCAAUAGGGCAGGACGUUAUAAAUGCUGAGAAAAUGAGGGGAAACGGUUGA